UGGCUUUCAAAUUAACACAAUCCUGCCAAUUCAAAGUCAAAUUCAUAGUUUUCCAUCUAAAUAAUAUCAAUAAAUAAAAAUAGCACACACAAUGGCUCUCACCAAGCGGUUAUUUAAAUUAAUAGCGAACAGAACAUUGACUCGGAAUUAUCAAGUUACAGUGGUAGGUGGUGCUAGUGAUGUUGGACAAACUAUUGGUCUACUUCUAAGAACUAAUCCAAACAUUAGAAAAUUAGUUGUUCAUGAUACACUUGAUAAAACGUCCGGAGUUGUUUUAGAUCUCUCGCAUGUACCAGUUCAUUCAGCACUACAAGGUUACACUGGCGAGGAUACCUUAGACAAUGCCUUGAAAAAUACAGACAUUGUAAUCGCAGCCAGUGGGUCCCCCGUGAAACAUGGCAUAACGGAAAAAGAGAGAUUCAAUCGAAAUGCUGAAUUUAUCAGAAGAUUGUGUCUAAAAGUAGCUAAAUUACGACCAAUGCCAUUCGUAGGAAUAACAACUGAACCAUUAAAUACUCUCGUGCCAAUGGCGUCCGAAUUAUUGAGAAACCACGGGGAUUACAACCCGAAGAAACUAUUCGGAAUAACAGCCGUGGGUGCAAUGCGAGCGCAAGCUUUAUACGCUUCGGAAAACAAUUUCAAUCCAGACGAAUGUAUUGUCCCAGUUAUUGGUGGGCAUUCCGAUAAAACGCUCUUGCCUUUAAUCUCUCAAUCCAAACCUCAAUGUGAAAUGGAUGAAAAAAAGGUUCGGGAAUUUGUCAAUAAAGUUCGCAAAGUUGGUGAAUUUAACACGAACUCGAAGAAGGGUUGGUCACCUACACUUUCCGUUGCAUACGGAGCUAUGUUGUUCACGCAAGGAGUUCUAGAUGCUUUAGAUGGCAGAUUGGCCAAAGUAAAUGCGCUUGUAGAAAACAAUGAUUUUGGUACUUCUUUUUUCUCUGGUCUGGUCAGCAUCGAUCAAAACGGAUUUUGCGAAAUGAAAAGAUACACUAGUAUCACGCAACUUGAAUGUAACUUAUUGGAACAAAGUAUUAUCGAAUUAAGAAAAGACGUAAUAAGGGGCAAAAAAAUAUUAGAACUUGCAUAAAUUUUCAAUUUAGAA